AUGGCGGUUAUAAACCAGCCCAACAGUCAGAUCAGGUUGACCAACGUGUCCCUAGUGCGGAUGAAAAAGGGCAAAAAGAGAUUUGAAAUUGCCUGCUAUCAAAACAAAGUGCAGGACUGGAGACUGAAGGUGGAGAAAGACUUGGAGGAGGUGUUGCAGAUCCCCCAGGUGUUUAUCAACGUCUCCAAGGGCCAGGUCGCCAACAACGACGACUUGCUCAAGGCGUUCAACACCACCGACCAGGACCAGAUUGUGUUGGAGAUCUUGAACAAGGGCGAGAUCCAGCUCAAUGAAAAAGAACGCAGCGCCAACCAGCAACAGAAGCAGAACGAGUUCCUCAACAUCAUCUCGACAAAAUGCAUAAACCCACGCUCGAAAAAACGAUAUCCGCCUUCGAUGAUUGAAAAGUGCUUGAACGAAGUCAAGUUCCAUCUCAACCCGACAAAGCCUGCAAAGACGCAAGCUCUCGAAGCAAUCAAAUUGCUAGUGGAAAGACAAAUCGUGCCAAUCGCCAGAGCCCAGUUGAAAAUCCGCAUCAUAGUGUCCAAAAGGGUAUACCUGAAGCUCUACGAAGACGAGAUCAAGCCCACAAUCGACCAUUUGGAGGAAUUGGACCUGCUGAACGGGAAAUACGAAAUUGUAGCCAUCAUUGAUCCCAUCAACUAUCGCGUGUUGGGCACUCUAUUGGAGCAGAAAGACUACAAGAAUGAAAGCUCGCUUGAAGUGUUGGACAUGUCUGCUAUUAAGGAAACAUAG